UGGGUUAUGGCCUCCACUGAGCAUUGAAUAAAGCAAGUCCAAGAUCACAAAGUACAUUCCAUUCACUUCCAGAUUUAUAACACUGUCAAAGAGAAUGGUUGGUGUGAGGCAUGAGGUCAUACUGCACAAGAAACUGAUUUAGACUGACUGAAGAGGACUACAAAUAACAGGAGUCUUGGAUACUCCAGCACUUGGGUUCUCACCAUCCUCGCCUAGGUCUCUUGUCACGGGUGACACACCAAUCUACUCAAACUCCUGAUAAAGUAGAAACACUGGCAAGUGAUUAUAUUAACAUAUUGGGCACAGGACAGAUCCUUGGAGAUGGUGACAUCCAGGAACUUGGAGCUGCUCACUCUUUCCAGCACUGACCUCUCAAAGAGGACAGACCCUGUGAAAAAUGAAGAACUUUUGUUAGGCUGCCCACCACUUUGCUGAGAGGAUGGUGACGACAACUGCAGCAUCAAACCAGCUGCUGCUCUUAGCUCUAUGCUGCUGUGCUUGCAUCUCUGUGUUAAGGAGCAGCAACCACACACUAAUCUUUCAAAAGGAGAGCAACUUCCGGAACUGCAGCUGUAUCUCCAGCAUUCCAGAUUGUGUGGUUGCUCGUGCCAAUCUCGGGUGCAACUGUCGGACUGUCUUGUCUAAGGAUAUUGAUAAAGCCAGCCCAACCUUCAGCCACGGCAGCAAGUUAGUCGUGUGGGUGUCAGACACCACUACAGUGGGGCUGCUGCUAAACUACUCGUCAGUCCCAAGCCUCACACUUUCGUUGUGCAACCCUGAUGCUGUGCUGACUGAAUACCUUGUCAUCUUUGGCCUGAAAGAACUCAGUGUGACAAAUCCUACGGCAAACGUGUAUCCACUGCAAAACUUAACGAUAUACAGCACAAGAGGAGCAGUGGUUGAGUCAGCUUUGCAGAAUGGUACUGGGUUUUCGUUCUACAUUUCCUUCUUGAACAUGGCGCUAUUAAAUGGAGAUUCUAAAUUAAAAGCCUACUCAGUGCCAAAUGUCACCAACAUUGCAGAAUAUUUUCCAGACCUUCAAUAUGACACAGCUUCUCUGCCUUUGGAGACUGGCAGUUCCCUUGUUACAUUCAUCUAUGUUUAGAAACUGCGCAAUCAGUUUGCGUCUGACCAGUCACAAAGAGCCAUGCAGCCAUCCUGCACUCAAAAAAAAAACCAUGAGUGCACAAAUUUUGAGGAACUUCUGCACACAAAUGUUCCAUUUAUCAUUUCAGUCUACUUUUAACACAUUUCUGUAGAAAUUUCCCUUAUGAACAAAGGGGGAAACACAUGAUAAGUAUAUACAUUUUCAUUUGGGCUAACAUAAUGCAAGCAAAGCCUUUUUAUUGUUAAAAAGAACUUUCUUAUUGUAACACAGAAAAUGUUGAUCGUGGUAAAAACUUUCAAGGCUUCUUCCAUGGAAAUAUAUUCAUAAUCACAAAAGACAGACUUUUAUUCUCCAUUUUGCAUCAACAUUAUGUGGCACUAACAGCACUGACUAUACCACACUUUUUUCUGUUUCCUCUGGGCUUGCAUGGCCCAAAAUUUCUGGACACUAAAUUCUUAAACCUACACAUACAAACAAGCUGGAUGAACUCAGCAGGUCGGGCAGCAUCCGUUGAAGUGAGCAGUCAACAUUUCGGGCCGAGACCCUUCAUUAGGACUCGGCCCGAAACAUUGACUGAUCACUUCAACGGAUGCUGCCCGGCCUGCUGAGUUCCUCCAGCUUGUUUGUACGUGUUGAUUUGACCACAGCAUCCGCAGUGUACUUUGUGUUUAAAAUUCUUAAACCUUUUUGGUCAAGAAAAAAAAAAAUCACUUCAGAACAAAUGGAAAGAGACUAUUAGAAGUAGGGUGAUCACUCGAGUUUGGUAUGAUGUACUCCCAAGCAGUUAUUCCCUUAAUGGAGAACACCUAAGCGUGACUUUGUUUAAUGUGGGGAGGCUGAUGCGUGGGCAGACAACACACAGUACUUGACAGAUCAGGGUCAGAGUCUAUCCAAGAUGACUGGAGAUCCUGCACUGCUGCAACCUUCCUCCACUUUCACUGCUGUUGUUAUAUGCCAUCAUCUCCCGCCAUUGAUGUCUUGAUUGGAUUGUUCAUUGUCUGGAACCUCUCCCUUGACCUUACAGCCAAGGAUGACCUUACCAGGAGUUAAGAUUCAGGUGGCAUCGCUCUCAGGAUCUCAGGAACACACAAUCUUCUCCACCAUGACAAGACAACAAUCCUCAGAGGAGAAAAGGACUACUAACAGUGGUAUUAGAAAUUCCUCUGCAUCUUUUUCUGGUAUCAAGGCAGCAAUGUGGGUCAUCACAUCCCACUUGCCGAAGUUGCUUGUAGGAUGUGAACAUCCGAAGUGAGUCUCACAGAGCAAUAUUUUGUACGUACCUGUAAGGGGCAGCACUGAGAAGGACAUUUCUGGUUUUGGUACAGAUGAGUGUGUUCAAAGUAGUCAGCAACAUGCAAAGCAGCAGGUGAAGGGGCAUAAUGCAGCCAACUCUUGAAAGGACAUAUCACUGUACAAACAAAACUGUCCAAGCUACUCGGCUGUUAUUCCUGUGAGUGAAUGGAUGCUGCAGUGACGUCAAGGUGAGGAACAGCGCCAGAAGAACACACCCAAAAAGCUGGAGGAACCCAGCAGGUCGGGCCACAUCCACGGAGAGGAAUAAAAGGUCUACAUUUCAGGCAAGACCCUUCAUCAGGACCAGAUGAGGCAAGAACAUAGCAGAGACCCUCUAGCUUUUCCCAGGAGAAGGUCAGCAGGGGCAUGUUUGAGAGGACACAUUGUAUAUUCCAAUGAAUUCCUGCACUUUGGAGAAGCAAAAUGUCUCUGCCCACUUUACCUGCUCACGUAGGUCAGAGGAAUAAUCGAAAAACAUUUCUCUUAUUUACCAUAUAGUGUGGAUGACUUUAAUGCACAGAGAUCAACAACAGCUUGGAAUGGCACUGAGAUUAAGAGUCUGAGAGCAUCCUAGACCCUGACUACUGAAGGCAAAGUAGCAAAGUGCACAUGUAAUACAGUAUUUGAAGUUGUAGAAAUCACAGGUUUAGAUUUGUUUUUCAGUAUAUUUGGAAAUCAUGAUGCUCCACUGUUAAAAAUAAGGGAAAUUUUAUACAUACCAGAAAAUUAUGUAACAGGAGUAAUGAAAAAGGAGGAAUCUGAUUUCUAUUUUAUGUUAAGAAAACAUAAAAAUGUACACAAAAUUAGUCUUCUCUUAACAAAACUUAUUUCCAGCAUCGCAAUAUUGUUUUUAGCAGUGUGAAGGGGUUUUUGGCCCUUGGACCAUAAAUAAAUUUAUGCAUAAGAUGA